AUGGCCGUCCGCGUCGUCGCCGUCGCCGUCGCCGUGGGGCUCGCGCUCGUCUUCGCCCGGCUUGCGCACCGCGUGCUUCGCGCGCCGACUGGGCGACUGCCGGGGCCGUGGCACUCCAGGUGGACGCGCGUCGUCCUCGACUUCCACUUCCUCGCCGGCACCAAGAGCCACUACGUGCAUGCGCUCCAUGCGCAACACGGCCCGCUUGUCCGCAUUGGCCCCAACGAGGUCGACGUGACGGACCUCGAGGCCGUCAAGGUCAUAUACGGCAUCAAGAAUCCCUUCCUCAAGUCCCCCUUCUAUCGGCGCCUGGCCACCCCGGGCCAGGAAUCGCUCUUCACCACCGUCAACGCCGACUUUCAUCGCCGGCACCGCAGACUCUUGGCCGGGCCCAUGUCGGAGUCGUCGUUGAAAUCCACCAUACCCACCAUCGACGCCCACGUAAAGCGUGCCAUCCAGCGCAUGGCCCAGGAGAUGCUGUCUCGGGGCUCGGCAGACGUCUUCAAGUGGUGGCACUUUAUGACGACGGAUGCCAUCGGACAACUCACAUUUGGAGACUCGUUCCGUAUGUUGGAGCUGGGCCAUAAGAACGACUACUCAUUUGAUCUAGAACAGGUCGCGCGCGUCGGCGCCAUCCGUGCCACCUUCCCGUCCAUGGUGGACGUCAGCAGGUUAAUCCCGUUGCCCAUGUUCAAGCAGGCGCUAAAGCACGACUUGAACAUGAGGCACUAUGCCGUGGAUUCACUGCAGCGCUAUCGACGCCUCGUCGAGGCCAAUCCCGGCCAGGUGCAGCAGACGCUCUUUACCAAUCUCUUCAAAGCCGAACGAGAGGAUAAAAUAGCCUUUUGCGAAGUUCGAGAUGAGGCCCAGUCGUACAUCACCGCCGGCACUGACACGACGGCCGUUUCCCUGACCUAUCUUACCUGGUCCGUUUGCCGUAAUCCAGAUAUCAGAGCGCAGUUGGUCGCGGCGCUACAGACGCUCCCCCCGGACUUCACCGAGGUUCAGCUGCGUAACCUGCCCUUCCUAAACCAUGUCAUCGACGAGACGAUGCGUCUAUACUCGGCGGCGCCGUCUACUCUGCCACGUCUUGUGCCUCCCGGCGGCGUGAGGCUUGCUGGCCACUGGUUCGACGAGGGCACAGUUGUCUCAGCUCAGGCUUUCAGCAUGCACCGGGAUCCCCUCAUCUUUCCGCAGCCCGACGAGUUUAUACCCUCGCGCUGGAUAUCGCCCACCGAGGCCAUGAGGAACGCGUACAUGCCAUUUGGUCGAGGACCGCGGGUCUGUCUCGGACUGCAUCUCGCGCAAAUCGAGCUACGUCUGGCCACGGCCCGCUUCUUCCUUGCCUUCCCAGAAGCACGAGUAUCAUCGCUUGAGGGCAUGUCAGACAGCGACAUGAAGCCCAAGAUUUACGUUCUGCUGGUUCCCUCGGGGGGGCGGUGUCUGAUUCAAGCGGCGUAG